GAUGGAAGGCAAUAGAAUAUUCCAGGAGGCAGGGAAGAGCAGACACAUCCAGCCUCUGACAGCGUACAAACUUCACUUCCAUAGCCGGGAUUGACUGUACAGUGGCUAAGAGAGAGGCGUCACAAUGUCCUUGAAGCCACGGGUGGUGGAUUUCGACGAGACAUGGAACAAGUUACUAACCACGAUCAAGGCUGUGGUGAUGCUGGACUACGUGGAGAGAGCCACCUGGAACGACCGCUUCUCUGAUAUUUAUGCCUUGUGUGUCGCAUACCCUGAGCCUUUAGGCGAGAGAUUGUACACCGAAACAAAGGUCUUUCUGGAGAACCAUGUGCGGAAUUUGUACAAGAAAGUCUCGGAGUCCGAGGAGAAGGUUUUAGCAAUGUACCACAGAUACUGGGAUGAAUACAGCAAAGGGGCUGACUACAUGGACUGCUUGUACAGGUAUCUCAACACUCAGUUCAUCAAGAAGAACAAACUUACCGAGGCAGACCUACAGUAUGGCUACGGAGGAGUGGACACAAAUGAGCCGCUCAUGGAAAUCGGGGAGUUGGCACUGGACAUGUGGAGGAAGUUAAUGAUCGAGCCUCUUCAAGCCACUCUCAUCAGAAUGCUCCUGAAUGAAAUCAAAAAUGACCGCUGUGGUGAGAACCCCAACCAGAAAGUCAUUCAUGGGGUCAUCAACUCUUUUGUUCACGUGGAGCAAUACAAGAAGAAGUUUCCACUAAAGUUUUAUCAGGAAAUCUUCGAAGGGGAGUUUGUGACAAAAACAGGAGAGUACUACAAACAGGAAGCUUCAAAUUUACUCCAAGAAUCCAACUGCUCACAGUACAUGGAGAAGGUUUUAGGGCGGUUAAAAGAUGAAGAGAUGCGAUGUCGGAAGUACCUGCACCCAAGCUCCUAUGCCAAAGUCAUCAACGAAUGCCAGCAGAGAAUGGUGGCGGACCAUCUGCAGUUCCUCCACGCAGAGUGCCAGAACAUUAUUCGUCAGGAGAAAAGAGACGACAUGGCCAACAUGUACACGCUGUUGCGAGCUGUGUCCAACGGUUUGCCUCACAUGAUCCAGGAGCUGCAGGUCCAUAUCCACAACGAGGGCAUUCGAGGCACCAGUAAUCUCUCCCUGGAAAACAUGCCAACGCUGUUUGUGGAGUCAGUGCUGGAGGUUCACAGUAAAUUUGUUCAGCUCAUCAACACUGUUCUGAAUGGAGACCAACACUUCAUGAGUGCGCUCGAUAAGGCCUUGACGUCCGUAGUGAACUUCAGGGAGCCCAAGUCCAUCUGUAAAGCCCCAGAACUGCUGGCCAAGUACUGUGACAAUCUGCUGAAGAAGUCCGCAAAGGGAAUGACGGAGAACGAGGUGGAGGACAAGCUGACCAGCUUCAUUACCGUGUUCAAGUACAUAGAUGACAAAGACAUCUUUCAAAAGUUUUAUGCCAGAAUGCUAGCAAAGCGACUAAUACAUGGGUUGUCUUUGUCCAUGGACUCGGAAGAAGCCAUGAUCAACAAACUAAAGCAAGCGUGUGGCUAUGAAUUCACGAGCAAGCUCCACAGAAUGUACACAGACAUGAGCGUUAGCGCCGACCUCAUCAACAAGUUCAACAAUUUCAUCAAGACUCAGGAGACCGUGGUGGACCUGGGUAUCAACUUCCAGAUAUACGUAUUACAGGCUGGAGCGUGGCCACUCACACAAGUCCCCUCCUCCACGUUCGCCAUCCCACAAGAGCUGGAGAAGAGUGUGCAGAUGUUUGAGUUGUUCUAUAAUCAGCACUUCAGUGGGAGGAAGUUGACCUGGCUGCACUACCUUUGCACAGGUGAAGUCAAGAUGAACUACUUGUCCAAGCCCUACGUGGCCAUGGUGUCCACCUACCAGAUGGCGGUGCUCCUCACCUUCAACAACAGCCUGAUGGCCUCCUACAAGGAGCUGCAGGACGGUACCCAGAUGAACGAGAAGGAGCUGCAGAAGACCAUCAAGUCUCUGCUGGACGUGAAGAUGCUCAACCACAACUCGGAAAAGGAGGAGAUUGAAGCGGAAUCCACCUUUUCACUAAAUAUGACUUUUGUCAGUAAAAGGACAAAGUUCAAGAUCACCACGUCCAUGCAGAAGGACACACCACAGGAAAUGGAGCAGACUAGAAGUGCUGUGGACGAAGACCGCAAAAUGUAUUUACAAGCUGCUAUAGUGAGGAUCAUGAAGGCCCGCAAGGUGCUGCGACACAACGCCCUCAUACAGGAGGUGAUCAAUCAGUCCAAAGCCAGGUUCAACCCCAGUAUCAGUAUGAUCAAGAAGUGCAUCGAGGUCCUGAUCGACAAGCAGUACAUCGAGCGCAGUCAGACCUCGGCGGACGAGUACAGCUACGUGGCCUAAGACCCCCCCACCCCCGUCCCCCGUGUGACCUCGGACCAUGCGGCUUUUAAAAGACAAAAUAAACAAUAACACAACAAGACUCUGGCAUCCCUUUCUUUGGACUGUCGCGGUCUGGCCUGAACCGGACGACAGCUGAGCCCACACACUCCCCGUCCGUCAGACUCGUAGUCGUGACAACAUCAGCGGCGGCGGACGACUCCAGCGGGACGCCGAGGUGUUUGUGACCGGAAAGGACCGUACAGCGGGGCAUCGAGUGGCACGUUCAUGUUAAAAACAGCCUUUCUUUUCUCACAUUUGCAGUUCUUGUGUGUGUUUUUUUAAUGUUCUGGAUAGGAAUAAUAUUGUAAUAAAAACUGCUAUACUGACUAUUGUAUCUACUUUCAGAUGUACAAAUAAUGAAAUGCUUGUCAAAUAAAUGAAAUGAAAUCC